AGAAGUUACUCCUGAUUCCUUCUACUUAGAGUGAUUAGUGUGAAGUUCUUAGUCAACCAACCGACAUCAUGUUUCGAUCGCUUAUUUUUGUGACACUGUUCGCCGUGUGCUUUGCCGGGUACAUCCACCACCGACAGGACGACGACGAGGUGUCCGAAACCGAGCACCAUCACAAUAUCGAGCACAAGCAUGCGACGUCGCAUCAGAGCUUCAAGAUCCACCACUUCCACGCCGUUCCGGUGUACGUCAAGAAGGAGGACCAGCAGUUUCUGAAGCACCCGGUUGAGGUGUCCGGAAUCAAGCAUAACCUGAAGAUUGUCCACCCCGAGACCGAGCAUAACCACGGCCACGGACUGACCCUGGAGAACCACAGCGAGUUCGACCACAAGCUGCACGGUGGCCACGGAUACGAUCUGGGCCAUGCCGGUUCCGAGCACGUUGCUGCCCAGGAGUACGGCGGCCACCAGGAGUACGAACACCACCACUACGGCCAGCUGGAGGAGCAGGACGAGAACUAAGUCUGGACGCGAAGCCGUCGUGCAGUG